AUGACCGACUUCGAGUCCGCGAAGGGCGUCAUGCUCUGCGAGCGGCCCUCGGACGCCCCGAAGAAGCCCGUCGGCGUCAUCCCGUUCCGGCCCACGAACGUCGGGCGGGACCCGCUGGGCAUGCGCCCGCCGCAAAGGCUCCUCCCGCCGCGGCAAAAGGACACCAACACGGCCAACCUGCGGCACCGGCAGUGGCUCAAGCAGUACGGCGCGUCCCAGAAGAUGGAGAAGACCAAGGCGGAGCUCGAGAAGGACCUGAAGGACCUCGAGCAGCAGGAGCUGCGGGAGGCGUCCACGAUCCUCCACAGGACGAUCCUCGCCACCGCACCGCCCUCCGUGGCGUCCACGAACGCCGCCCCCGCGGCCGUCGAGCCCCCGCGGACCGACGCGAAGCCUCAGUCGCAGGCCGAAGAGCCCCCGAAGCCGCAGCCGAAGCAGCCCGAGCCGGACGUCGACCUCGCGGACCUCGACCGCAUGAUGGACGAGCUCGUCGGCGGCGCGCUGGCCGCGGCGCCGCCGCCGCCGCCCCUGGUGCCGCCCAGCGACCCCGCGCCCGCGCCCGCGGCGCCCGCGGCGCCCGCCCCGGAGCAGGCCGCGCCCCAGGACGCCGAAGCUGCGCCCGCGGCGGCCCCGGAGAGCCCAGCUGCGGGCCCACCGCCACCACCGCCGCAGGGCGCCGCCGCGGCCGCGUCGCCGGCGAAGCCGGCCGCGCUCCCGCCGCUCCCGAAGGGCAAGCAGAAGCCGCAGUGGGCGAUGACGGAGGCCGAGGUCGAGGCCAAGGAGGAGGCGGAGGCGGACGAGCUCGUGCGGUUCGCGGAGCAGCUCGACAUCGACGCGUACCUGAGCGACGCGGACGAGGAGGACCUGCGCCGCGCCCUGGAGGUGCUCGACAAGGAGGACAGGGAGGCGGGGCUGCCGAGCAACGAGGGCGCGGACGGGAAGCCGAUCGACGACAAGCGCUUCCGGCGCAACUUCGUGCGCGCGAUGAACCAGGUCGCGAUGAUGCGGGCGCAGGAGGCCGCGCGGCGCGGCCCGAAGCCGGCCGGGUCGGUCGCGGGCGGGUCGGCUCUGGGGGGGGGCAGCAUCGCGGCGGGGACCGAGGCGAGCGCCGCGCGGGACGCCGCGGCGCGCGAGAGGCGGAGAGAAAUCGAGGAGGCGUCGGAGGCGCGGACGCAGGGGCCCAAGUGGGACGCGUCGACCAAGGCCGGCGACGACGCGGGCAAGAUGGACACGGCCGGCCGGGACGAGGAGACGGAGGAGUUCCUGCGACAGAACCCGGAACUGCGGAGCGUGCACUCGAAGCGGUCGGCGCGCGCGAUGCUGGACCAGGUGGCCGCCGCUGCGGACUAG